AUGGAAAAUUUACAAAGUCGGGUUCAGGAUGCAGUCAAUGACAUGUUACUCAAGUUAGACAGCAGCCUGUUCCGGAAAAUGCAGAAAGAUAUGUACAAGUGUAGUAUGAAUUGUUACAACGAUGGCAACCAAAGUAUGGAAUCUGUCCAACGCUGUAUUGAUUUGUGUUCCAUGCCUGUACAGCAUUCCCACGAAGCUAUCAACCAGGAGUUGCAGUCAUUUCAAGAUAGGUUGUAUCGAUGCUCGUUAGAUUGCCAAGAUUCUGUUAAAGAUAAAGUUAAUUCUACUUCAAGUGCAUCUGAUUAUGCCAAGCACAGAACAGAAUUGGAACAGUGUGUUCUAAAAUGCGGAGACAAGCAUAUAAAACUAAUUCCUGCAAUCAUGAAACGCGCAGAACAAGUAUUGAAAGAUCAGCAAAAAAUUUUGGACCAGAGACUUUAA